UUCAAUUCAUGGAUCCGGGAAGCUAGGUCAAAACCUAUUGUAACCAUGCUGGAAGAUAUACGAUUGAAGGCAAUGAAAAGAAUUUCAGAGUUCAAGACAAAUCAUGAUAAGUGGAUAAACGAUUGGUCUCCCUUAUGCAUGGAGUACUAUCAAGACAAUAAGGAGGCUGCUAGUGGUUGCAAUGUUAUAUUUAAUGGGGAUGUGGGGUUUGAGAUUGGAGAGGGGACAGAUAAGCACACAGUUGUGUUGGAUAAGAUGGUCUGCACUUUUAGAGCAUGGGAACUGACUGGAAUACCAUGCUUACAUGCCAUAUGUGCUUUCUAUUAUAGGAAGGUAGAUCCUAUCACCUACAUUUCAAGAUGGUAUCAUAAGGAGACUUAUAUGGCAGCAUAUGCAAAUGCUUUGCAACCGGUACCUGGAAAAGCUUUCAUGAAGGUUGAUGAUUAUGAACCCAUUUUACCUCCCCCAGUGCCAAACCUACCUGGCAGACCAAAGAAGAACAGGGUUAGAUCAUCUACUGAGGUCAAAGGAUCUGGAAGUGCUUCUACAUCUGCCAGUGCUACACCUCAGACAUCAUCAAGAAAAGGGAGACUACAAACUUGUGGGAUAUGCCAUAAGGAGGGCCAUAAGAGAGCUACAUGUCCUAAUAAAGAUAAAGAUGCAAGUGUUCAAGGAGCAGAAGGGAAUGGACCUAUACCUGUGAAGAGACCUGCUAGUGUUGCUUUUUCAGCAAUUCCU